AUGGCUCCUAAGGUCCGUGCUGCUGCUAACAACGAGGUUUCCCUCGGCCCCAACGUCGGUGAGGGCGAGCUCGUCUUUGGCGUUGCUCACAUCUUCGCCUCUUUCAACGACACCUUCGUCCACGUCACCGAUAUGUCCGGCAAGGAAACCGUUGUCCGUGUCACUGGUGGCAUGAAGGUCAAGGCUGACCGUGACGAGUCCUCCCCCUACGCUGCCAUGUUGGCCGCUCAGGACUGCGCCGUCCGAUGCAAGGAGGUUGGCAUCACCGCUCUCCACAUCAAGCUCCGUGCUACCGGUGGUACCGGUACCAAGACCCCCGGUCCUGGUGCCCAGGCCGCUCUCCGUGCCCUUGCCCGUGCCGGUAUGCGCAUUGGCCGCAUCGAGGACGUCACUCCCGUCCCCACCGACUCUACCCGCAGAAAGGGUGGUCGCCGUGGUCGUCGUCUCUGA